GAAUCCCUUGCAUGAGGCGCUUGACCGAGUCCCGUUCGUUCCGUGUUCUUUGUAUUAAAGGCAAUAAGUCUAACCCCCCAUCAACGCUAUCGGACAUUGCAAUUUUCAAGAAAUUAUAAGACGCAAUGGCUACGAAUACGUUAAAGGCGCCGAAGCGAAUGCCUUCGUCAACUCACGAAGUCAUUGUAAUGCUUGAGGAAACGCAUCUAGUGCUUGGGGAAGUUGACACAGCACCACACUCACACGAACUCAUCUCGUAUUUUAGCAUCACCAAAGCGGAUGAGGUGCGCGAGCGCAUCCAGUGUGCUAGUAUCGUCAUCGCACCUCAGGCAUUCAUCACAGCUGAGAGUCUGGGUGAAGCGCCUUACCUGAAAUGCGUGAUUACGCCCACAGCUGGCACAAAUCAUAUUGAUAUAGAAGAGUGCCGCCGUCGUGGUAUCCACGUAGCGAAAUGCGCCGGAUCAACUUCUCCCGCAGUUGCAGAGCACGCAUUGAGUUUGUAUUUUGCGGCUAGGCGAAAAACCGUCCUGCUUCAAAAUGAGCUGCGGACUGUGGGUGAGGAUGGCAAAAAUUCGUGGAAAAGGCAUAAUAGCAUCGCAUUCAAAAUGCAGACCGCAAAUGGGCAUGCGCCAUGCUCCCUUGAGCAAGAAGUGGCUGGUAUUAUUGGCUUCGGCAAUAUUGGCAAGCGCCUCGAUGUCUUUUGUAAGGCAUUAGGAAUGGAGGUGCUCGUGGCUGAGCGAAAAAAGGGUAUCCAACCCUCGGAACCUUCUCAUAGGGAUUAUACCCGCUCCCGUGUCCCGUUCGAAGAAGUCAUUGAAUCAGCUACCGUGCUCUUCAUUUGCUGCACAUUCAAAGAGGAAUCGCGCAAUAUGAUCGACACGCCCGAGCUUAGCGCUAUGAAGCCAGAAGCCGUCAUCAUCAAUCUGUCUCGUGGGGGCAUUAUGAACAACCCCGCGGUGAUACGGGCUCUGCGGGAGAAGCGCAUUUCCGGCGUCGCGGUGGACGUAUAUGACCGAGAGCCCGCCUGUACCGAGGAGGACAGCGCUUUUCUAGCUGAUGAUACCAAAGACCUCAAUCUUACUCUCUCGCCGCAUGUAGGUUACUUCUCGACGAAGACUGUAUUGACGAUGAAGUCAAUGGUUAAAGAGCAUAUUAAGAACUUGGUUUUGGGAAAUUAUGAUAAUUUCGAAUCGUGAAAACGACUGCACGAAUACAAUUCAUAGAUUCUGUUACCUGGUACAUAUGGAUACUUAGUAGGCGCCUUCAAUGACCUGUAGAUCGACGCUUCUGAGACACCUAGGUACCUCCUUACACGUACCUAAGGUAUUGGCUCUUACUCUACUUUACCCCUGAGUGUACCUAGGUAUUGAGAGGAACACGCUGCCCCUGAAACUAUAAUUUGA